UUGCCUGUUGGUACGCGCGCGUAAUGACACGGCCUUGAGAAGAAAAGAACUACGACGAAGGUGCAUUUCUUCAUCUUCUUCCUUAGCACUCUCUCUGUAUCUAUCUCCCUCUCCUCGCAGAAACAGUGCUAAGCCCCUCUCUCUCUUUCUCUCUCUACGUAAAUGUACCCUCUGGAACCCCUUCUAAUUUCGCUUGAAUAAUUUCAAAAUUAUCAUCCACCGCAUCAAUUUCUCGACCCCUUUAUCGAAUUCGAUAUAUAUAUAUAUAUAUAUAUAUUUUUUUUUUUUUGCCGAGUUUCUUUGUUUCUCCUGCUCGGCGGUUCUCGAUCGACGCCUGUUCGAGUUUGAAUUCAGAAAUUUAGGGUUUGAUCGGUGGGUGGUCGGGAAUAGAAAUCAUGAUUAAACCCAAGUGGUUUUUUGGGGGGAAAAUUUCCCACUUUCGUGGGCUUUUCAAUGGAACUUUUACUUUGGUAUUGGUCUUCUUGUUCUACAGCCAGGAAAGUUUUCUCAGAAACCCUUUUCUGGGUAGCUCGCAUUUGGUUCUUCCUUCUCGAUGGAGCUCCAAAUUCAAUGGAUUUGGCGAUCCAAGUCGUCGGGUCGAUAUUAUUCGCAGGGGAAUGGCCGAAGUUGAUGUUUAUGCUUCGAAUUCUAGUGUCAGUGUUAAUGGGUCGGAUGCCAAUUUGUUAUCAGGACCUAAUCCCGAAUUAUGCACAAGGUUGUUCAAACACGAAGGUUACGGGAGCAAAUGUGAGUUCUUGAUCGCCCAUCCGGAGUGUACUUCCGGUGGUUAUUUUAAUUACAUUCAUUUCUUUUACUGCAGCUGUGAGAAAGUUUGCAUUUUGGGGUAUGUAGUGUUGGCAAUAUGGUUAGCUGCUUUGUUCUAUCUAUUGGGCAAUACCGCCGCAGAUUACUUUUGUUGUUCUCUGGAGAAGCUGUCGAGUCUCAUGAAGCUACCGGCGACUGUGGCCGGUGUGUCUCUGCUUCCGCUCGGGAAUGGUGCUCCUGAUGUGUUUGCCAGCAUUGCUGCUUUUGUGGGUAAGGAUACCGGGGGAGUUGGUCUUAAUAGUGUGUUGGGUGGAGCUGUCUUUGUUACUUGUAUUGUUGUUGGGACUAUAUCUCUAUGCGUGGCGGACAAGGGGUUUCAGAUUGAUAAGAAAUGCUUUAUCAGAGAUAUAUGUUUUUUCCUCUUUACUGUUAUGUCUCUUGCCUUAAUGUUGAUGGUUGGUGAGGUAACUGUCGGGGGUGCUAUAGUGUUUGUCUUGAUUUAUGUGGUUUAUGCGUUUGUGGUAGCUGCAAACGAGCUUCUGAGGAAACAUGUUCGGAAAUUGAGGUUGGAUGCUGUAACACCGUUGCUACCGGUCAGGGGAAGUAUAUUUUCUCAGGGAAGCAACGAGGAGGAAUCUGUAUAUGCGUCGCUCCUUGAGUCUGAAUCAGACAGUGAGGUACCUCAUCUCCUAAGUAAGUUGCCACAGUGGAUGUGGGCAUCAAAUGUGGCAAUUUAUUCGAAUCAGAAUGUGAAGGCUCGUUCAGAAAGUCCAAGGUCAUUGUGGGGUUGGAACGAGGAUGAAACAGUGAAGGAAAACUCUUCCUCUUUUAGAUUUUUAUCACUGCUGGAAAUUCCGUUGACGCUGCCAAGACGGUUGACAAUCCCUAUAGUCGAGGAGGAUAGGUGGUCCAAAGGUUAUGCUGUUGCCAGUGCUGUACUAGCUCCCAUUCUUCUGUUAUUUUUAUGGAACACCCAAGAAGAUGUCGGAUCUCUGAGUAAGGAAAUUGCCUACUUUAUAGGCUUUCUCUGCAGUGGUGUCUUUGGUGUUCUUGCAUGUCUACACACCAGACCGGACCAGCCCCCUCAGAAAUUUUUAUUUCCAUGGGUUUUAGGAGGGUUUUUUAUGAGCAUCAUCUGGUUCUACGUUGUUGCAAAUGAGCUGGUCGGGUUGCUGGUGGCGUUUGGCAUAAUUUUUAGAGUAAAUCCAUCAAUCCUUGGAUUGACUGUAUUAGCAUGGGGCAACUCAAUGGGUGAUUUAAUGUCGAACACUGCAUUGGCAAUGAAUGGUGCAGAUGGUGUACAAAUUGCAAUGUCAGGAUGUUAUGCCGGGCCUAUGUUUAACACACUUGCUGGUUUGGGGAUCUCAAUGGUCCUUGCAUCCUGGUCUCAGAGACCGGAACCAUACAAAAUUCCCAAAGACAAUAGCCUGUUUUAUACAAUGGGAUUUCUAAUAUCAGGGCUUCUUUGGUCACUUGCUGUGCUACCGAGGAAUGGCAUGCGCCCUAACAAGACCUUAGGACUCGGCCUCAUAACCAUCUAUCUGGUAUUUCUCUCCCUUAGGCUAGGCACGUCAAUGGGCUUAUUGUGGUAGAUCUAUGAGGAAGAUCUCAUUGAUUGAUAACUAAAAAUAUGUUGCGUCUUGUACAGUGUUGAGUUGGAAUGGCAAUGUUGACCUAGUAGUUGUGUCUUUCAGCAUUGCUAACUGAUGCCGAAUUAUUAUCCCAGAUAAUGUAUUACAACUUCCAUGUUAAUAUGAAAACGAGUUUUUGUUUCCACGAA